AUCCCUGCGCAGUGAAUCAGACGGACCGAUCCACCGAGCCGGACUGAGCGGACACAUGAAGGCUUCCACCCCCGGAUCAGAGGCGUGUUUUCGGUGAUUCCUCUCCGCCGGUUUCCCUCCUUUAUGGAUGUGAAGUAACAGCGGGUGGCAGCGAGUCGGUUCCCCCUCCAUCUCUGCGCUCUUCUCGGCCACGAUCCAAACCUGCUCUGAACCACAAAAUGGCGGACAUCAUCGAGCUGGGAUCCGCCUACGCCAUGUCUCCGGUGCUAGCGGGGUUCCUUGGAGCUGGUGUUCUGGUUUUGGUUGUGGUGGUUCUGGUCCUGCUCUGGUCGUUCUGUCAGCGCCGGUACCUCCGGGUUACUGGACGCUACAAGCUGCACGGCGACCGAUACUGCGACGCAGAGGACCCCCCCUAUAAAUUCAUCCACAUGCUGAAGGGGAUCAGCAUUUACCCAGAAUCCCUCAGCAGCAGCAAGAGGAUCGUCCGAGGAAUCCGGCGCGCUGAGCGAUCGGAGCGUGACGGAGAGCGCAGCUGCCCCGCCGGCGGUGCCACAGGGAGGGGUAUGGUCCUGGUGGAUGCAGAGAACAACAUCCUGGACAUCCCUGGUCAGCUGCAGAUGAGUCACCUGGUCCCUCCCUCCGGGACGGCCCCGGCCCACAGCCAGGCCAGGCUAGAACGGGCUUUACCUGUCCGUGCCGAUUACUGCUGUCUAGACAGCAGCUCGGCCAGCAGUAGCCAGACCAGCAGCAAGACAGCAUCCCCUUUCACCCCCGCCUCCUCGGAGCCAGAACCUGAACCCAACCUGGGCUCCCUCAGCCUCACCGUUGACUACAACUUCCCCAAGAAGGCCCUGGUGGUGACCAUCGUCGGGGCCCGGGGCCUCCCUGCGAUAGAUGAACAGGCCGGGAGCUCAGACCCCUACGUGAAGAUGACCAUACUGCCCGAGAAGAAGCACCGCGUCAAGACCCGCGUGCUGAGGAAGACCCUGGACCCGAUCUUCGACGAGACCUUCACCUUCUACGGUGUUGCCUACAGCUCGCUGCCCGAGCUCACCCUGCACUUCCUGGUCCUCAGCUUCGACCGCUUCGCCCGAGAUGAUGUCAUCGGAGAGGCGGUGGUACCUCUGAAAGGCGUGGACCCUAGCACGGGCCGGGUCCACUUGAGCCAGCAGAUCACCAAAAGGAACAUGCAGUGUGAGAGUCGUGGAGAGCUGCUGGCGUCUCUGUCCUACCAGCCGGUGUCCCAUCGCCUCAGCGUGGUCGUCCUGAAGGCUCGCCACCUGCCCAAGAUGGACAUGACGGGCCUGUCAGCCAAUCCAUAUGUGAAGGUGAACGUCUUCUAUGGCCGUAAACGCAUUGCCAAGAAGAAGACCCACGUGAAGAAAUGCACGCUGAACCCGGUCUUCAAUGAGUCCUUCAUCUAUGACAUCCCACCAGAGCUUCUACCCGAGAUCUCCGUGGAGUUCCUGGUGGUGGACUUCGACCGGACCACCAAGAACGAGGUGCUGGGUUGCCUGCUGCUUGGCCUCCACAGCCCAUCCUCCUCCGGCGCCUCUCACUGGAGGGAGGUGUGUGAAAACCCGCGCCGGCAGAUCUCCAAAUGGCACAACCUGAGCGAGUACUGAAAGAGGAGGAGGAGCACCAGAACCCAGUUGACAACUCUGAGCAGCUGGGACUCCACCAGUGGACCCCACUGGGAAACAAAGACUCAGUGUACAGCUCACUCACACGCACACACUUACAACACACACACUCACACAAACACAGAUGUACAACACACACACUGCUGUGAUGGUAGUUAAACUGUCCGUCUGUAUUAUCUCUCUGCUCUGAUUCCACAACGUUUGCAAGCCGAAGAAAAUUCCUGCAGUUUUAUUUGAGCCGGAAAAGAAAAGAAGAGCCUGAUGUCCAUUUCUGAGGCUGACUUCAUGUCUCCUGGGGGGGGGGCUUCAGUUUCAUUAAAAAAAAGAAGAAGAACGGGAAACGGUUCCCCUUCCUGCUGUUGUUGUCAUGCAGUUCAUUGCAUGUCUGUGUGAAAAGAAAAACAAAGAAACUCUGAAUGACGAGUUGAGAGCUGCUGACAUCAGAACCUUCAGCUCCGACAGAAGAAAAGGUCCAAAUGAUCAGAAAUAAUGCUUAUAACGCAACCCUGAAAGUAUAACCGCUCCUCAUUAGGACCAAAUAAGGACCUGCUACAAAGAUCCUCUAAUGCUCUGAUGUUCCACUGCGCAGAGAAACCUACUCAGAUUUGGUUUAGCUGCCAGCAUGCUUCCUGUCGGCAACGGGUCCGAUUUCUCUCCUGUUCCAGAACAUUUUCAGGAUCCUGAAGGAUGCCAUGUCUCAGCCCGGCCUCAUUCAAACUCUUCAUGUGAACCAGUUACCAUCUCCUGACUGCUGAAGAACCCGUCGUCGGCUGAAUCAUGAUGUAAAAUACUUGUUUUUAUCCAGAAUGGGUUCCUAAAGGUUCUGAAGCAGAAGGCAGAUGUGCUGCUGAGACUUUAUUUAGAUGAAACGCUGCUCAGAGAGAGCAAAGACCAAAGCUUCACAGAUGUUUUUAUCACCUGCAGCUGCGUCCACAAGAAACACCCAGUUAUAUCUGCUGAAGAUCUCAGAUUUUAGUGUUUUUAACAGGUAGUCUUGUUCAGGUCACACUUGUUUGGGUUGAUCAGGUAGGAAACUGGAAAACUGGACUAGGUUUAUGCAGGUUUCCUUCACAUUUUCCUGACCAAAAUUCCUGAGAAGUUUCACAUGAAUCCUUAAAACUCCAGAAAUUGUCCACCAAACAAAGACAGAAGAGAUUCUUUUAAAAAGUGUCCCAUUUAGUCUGCGCUCUAAACGUGACCCGGUGGUGUUCCUGUUCACCACCUGAGGAACAUCUGUCCAUGAAUCUGUUUCAUAGUGACGAUGAAGCUCUGUGGUGGUUUUGUUUUUGUCUUCAGUUAGAAGCUAAGUCAACAUAAGUUCUAAUGCGGUUCUCCGUCCUCCCCCCACUAAAUUAAACUGUGGAUCUGUACUUUAAUUGAGCAAAAAGUGCAACGAUAGAACCAGUUUUUGGGCCUUGGAGUCGGUUCUUUAGUGGAGGAAACAGAACAUAACCUAAACCCGCUUGUUUUGGACCUACGUCAGUAUAAAAAGGAAACUUUUCCAGAUUGUUCUAGACUGUAGGAAUCCUGCAUUCAUUGUCCCGCUUCUGCCACUGGGAAAACAACAGAACCCAGUUCCUGAACACAUGGGUUCUGUUGUAAAGAUGACCUCUGUACCCAACAGGGUAAUUUGCUCCGGAGGUUAUUUUAAUCAAAAACAAGCUGAUCAGGUGAAAAAUGGUUUUCCCUUCAGGUUCUUUGAAUAUUCCUUAAAUGAAAGGAAGGAAGGAAAAUCCAGAUUUAUGUUUCUGUUGACGGUGAAGAACAGAAAAAUAUCUGAUGAUGAGUUUCACAACCAAACAAUAUGGAGACAUCUGCAUGACUGCAUGGUUUAUUUUCCAAACUAUGGGAUUUUCAUUUUCCACAGAAGAAGAAAAUGUAUUCAUCUUGUCCAAUAGUAGAUAUUUAUCAAUAAUGAUAAGUUCUCUUUUUCCAGAAGGUCGUGUAACGUUACCAGCUCUAAACGGGUUUUAUUUGACGGGACUGAGGGUAAAUAUGACAGCAGGUCUGCAGCACAGAAAGAGGAUUUAAAGUAAAACUUAUGGAUAUUUUCUGUCUCCUGGUUCUGUUGUGUGAAUCCCAGUGGUGGAAAUGGUGGCUUUAAUAAUAAAUGAGUCCACUAGAGGGCGCUCAUUCACAAAUCAUCUCUUUUUUUAACUAAGAUUCACUCUGAUGGAAAAAAAACAGACAUCCUGAAUAUAUUUUAAUGUUCUGAGUGGACCCAGGGUCUAGUGGGUUUAUUCUGAGUGGAUCCAGGGUCUAGUGGGUUUAUUCUGAGUGAACCCAGGGUCUAGUGGGUUUAUUCUGAGUGGGUUUAUUCUGAGUGGAUCCAGGGUCUAGUAGGUUUAUUCUGAGUGGACCCAGGGCCUAGUGGGUUUAUUCUGAGUGGACCCAGGGUCUAGUGGGUUUAUUCUGAGUGGACCCAGGGUCUAGUGGGUUUAUUCUGAGUGGACCCAGGGUCUAGUGGGUUUAUUCUGAGUGGGUUUAUUCUAAGUGGACCCAGGGUCUAGUGGGUUUAUUCUAAGUGGGUUUAUUCUAAGUGGACCCAGGGUCUAGUGGGUUUAUUCUGAGUGGAUCCAGGGUCUAGUGGGUUUAUUCUGAGUGGGUUUAUUCUAAGUGGACCCAGGGUCUAGUGGGUUUAUUCUAAGUGGGUUUAUUCUGAGUGGAUCCAGGGUCUAGUGGGUUUACAUUCUUCUUGCAGAACAUCUUGUCUCAGUGAAAGAUGUGAAAAACAAGUGUUAUCCUGCAGAAUAAAAUUAACCUCACAUGUAAUAUUUACGUUUUCUAUUUUUACCGUUUCUGUAAAUCAGCUAAAAUGAAACAGCUACAUCUGUCCUCUGCUUCACGUUCUUUUUAUCCUUCCUCUCAACCUGAUCUGGACUUUCUUCACGCUGGUUUGUGAAACAUUUCUUGUUGUGAACGCUCACGUUCUGGUCAGCCAGCAGAUGGCGCUGUUCUCUGUUGUCUUUUUUUUUUUAGGCCUGGUGAAAAUAGACGUCCAGACUAAAGUUGUCGUUUGGGGUUUGGGUUUAGUGUUGACUGAUGAUGCACUUGAAGGGUUUUUAGUCUUAUGAAGCACACGUUAGUCUGAGUUUAAAGUUAAUCCAUCUUAAACCUGCUCCGCAGCUCCUUUACCAGGACAGACAACAUUAACCCGUGAGGUUCCCACACUGAACAUUUUGAAGAAGACACUGCAGAAAUCUUCAAACAGUUUUCAUCAUCAUCAUAGAAACGUGCCACUUGUAGCCUGAUCUCCAUCGCCGCCCUUGGAUCCGGUUGGUGGUUUGAAGCUUUCCAGCAGACUAACAGGCUAUCGAUUUGUACAGAUGUGAAGAUGUUUGCUGGCUUCCUUGCUGUCUGAUGUCUUCAGAGCUUUAGUGUGUUUGAGCGCCCCCUGCUGUAGACCUGGAUGCUAACCUCUGUUGGUUUGUUAACAAAGUGGACGUGCAAAUAAAAAACAAGUUAGCUAUGAA